AUGUGGUCUGAUGCAAUGGGUGGCUCGAAUGAACAGAUUGAUUUGAGUGACAUCCAUACGGUUCCUGAUGGUACGAAGGAUAUCGAGAGGAUUUCACAUAUGGCUUUCAUUCGCACGUUUAUAUCGGGACAUUUGCAGUUUCCAGGAGAACCCAAAGAAUAUUGCUUUGGUUUUGAGGUAACCUUUCAUCUUUGCAUACAGAUGUUUGUCACCAUUGAUGUCAUGGAUGCUAAUGUUGCGUUUCGUUCGAUCUUCUACGUAGUGCCGAAAAUGCCAGAACCGAUUUCAUUCUGGGAUUUAUCAGACCUAGGACCCAUUGGUGAAGGCGCCUAUGGCCGUGUCAAUAAAAUGCGACACAAUGAAACUGGCCGAUACAUGGCUGUAAAGGUGCUUUUUGUGUUUUGGGGAAUUGCCAGCAAAGUGGUUCAGUGGUCCGUGUAA